AUGCCAACGCUGGCCGUGGAUUACGCCAAGUCGUUCGAUGAGGUGUAUUGCGCUGGGACACUAGAAGCGAUUCGGCAGGAAGCUGGAGCUGAUACGUUCCCAUCAUGGGUGCCGCGAUGGGAUCGUUCACUUGCUAGGGAUGCAGGAGAUGCGACACGCAUGAUUACUGACUGCGCGGCGGACGACACCCGUAGCGUGAGUGCUCACACCCUUUCAGCAAACUUCACCAGCGCCCAGCAGCGCAUUCUGUGGGUGGAUGGUAUUGUCCUUGAGCCCAUAUUGGCGGUCAACGAUGUAGUCCUGGCAUCUAUGUACUACCCGGAUAUUGCCGCCUUCCUUGCGCGAAGUAAGCGAUUCGCCGACGCCCACCACCACGACUGGGAGUCCACGACUUCGGAUUUGGACGACUUGCUUACGACGAUGAUGUGCGAUCCGCCCGGCACUACCAAGUUUCAGGACCCGCGCAAAAAUAACGAAUUGAUCGAGCUCUUUUGUAUUGCAGAUACCGAUGCCGCACAAGUCACCGAAACGUUUACACGAUUAAGCGCAUCCUGCCAGUCAGUUCUGAGUACUAUGCUGAACACUUGCUACAACCGUCGCCUUUUUAUCACAGCAUCCGGACGUCUCGGUUUAGGGCCUCAGAAUUCGCGAGCAGGCGACCUCAUCGCAGUCUUUCUCGGGGAGCGCUUUCCGUACGUCGUACGUCCAGUGGACGGUGACCCGUGUAAGGAAGGCGACGAGAACUCCCACGAACAAGGAUACCGUAUGCUCGAACACUGCUACGUCCACGGCAUCAUGAACGGAGAAGCGGUACAAGAGCACGAAGCAGCUGGGAAGCCGAUCCCGACUUUCCGACUGGCGUAG